UAAUUACUUACCAUUUUUGUGAUUUUACACACACACACACACAUAUAUAUAUAUAUAGAGAGAGAGAGAGAGAGAGAGGGGUUGGUGAAGGCAUAUAUAUAAUCUUAUAUCAUAUGUAACUCAAGUCAUCAGUGGAUAGCAUCAAGAUUUGAGAGACAAUUACAAAGUCUAAGUCCUCUCUAAGUCCCAAGACUACAAAGGUUUCUCUAGAUUAAUUAGGAUGUCAAAAUCUCAACUUCCCCUCCUAUUCCUCUACCUUCUUUCAUCUGCCCACCUCUUCCAUCCUUCUUCAGCUGAUGUUGGCACUGCAAGCCAAUACAACCCUCCAUACACCCCCACAGCUUGUUUUGGGAGUGAUAACUCUCAAUUCCCAUCAAGCAAUUUGUUUGCAGCAGCAGGGGAAGGGGUUUGGGACAACGGUGCGGCCUGCGGGCGGCAGUACUUGGUGAGGUGCAUUAGUGCGGUAGCGCCCAAGACUUGUGUUCCCGACAAAACUAUUCAGGUCAGGAUUGUUGAUAGAGCACAAACUUCAGCUUCUAGGCCUGCAAAAGCGGGCACCACCAUCGUUCUUUCCAACACAGCUUUUGGUACUAUUGCCAAUCCGGGAGCUGCUUUCAUCAACAUAGAAUUUCAACAGGUAUAAAUAGGAUUGGGGACUCAUUCAACAGGGGACACUGAUAUGUUGCAAGUUUAUUACUUUUCGUCCCCAUAGUUGUGAUAUAUUAAGGGGACUAGUUAUAUUAUAUGUAUUUUGCAGACUCGUUAUUGGCAAGGGGUAUCUUCCAUGGCAUUUAUCCUCUGAGCUCUGAAUCAUACAAAGCAUUAAAAGCAAUGAAAUUAGAUAAACAGUUGUGUGAUGUCAUUAUUAAAUUCUAGAAAGAAAAUGAUUUUGGAAGUACUAAUUCCAGGAAAGUUCAGAAGUGGACCACAGGAAUGGCUUAUUAGGUGGGAGAUUCAUUAAAACUUUUAUUGUACCAUUUCAAGUAAACUAGCUGACUUUGGAGUCAUAUGAAAGAAGUCUAGAGAUUUGUCGGGCUA